UGCGCAGGAUCACGCCAGAUGCCGGCGACCGCUCGGGGAAGCGGAAGCGGAAGCGCAUCGCCCUCCUCUUUCCGGGUGGCUGUCGCGUCGGCAGCAGCAGGCCAAAAUGAAGUUCAAUCCGUUUGUGACCUCUGACCGCAGCAAGAACCGCAAGCGACACUUCAAUGCGCCUUCUCACAUCCGAAGGAAAAUCAUGUCCUCCCCGCUCUCCAAGGAGCUGCGGCAGAAGUACAACGUCCGCUCCAUGCCCAUCCGAAAGGAUGAUGAAGUCCAGGUUGUCCGGGGACACUACAAAGGACAGCAGAUUGGCAAAGUGGUCCAGGUGUACAGGAAAAAAUAUGUCAUCUACAUCGAACGUGUUCAGCGUGAGAAGGCCAAUGGCACAACUGUCCAUGUGGGCAUCCAUCCCAGCAAGGUGGUGAUCACUAGGCUAAAACUGGACAAAGACCGCAAAAAGAUCUUGGAGCGUAAAGCCAAAUCCCGCCAGGUUGGCAAGGAGAAGGGCAAAUACAAGGAAGAAACAAUUGAAAAGAUGCAAGAAUAGAUAAUUUCCUGUUUUGACACCAUUAAAGAACUGCUACAACUAAA